GUUGUCUGAAAGCUUUCUGAGCUCGUAAGUGGGACGGGCGAUGGGGAAUAGCUUGCCUUGGCUCCGUCCCGUUCUCCACUUUUAAUGAGCGCUGCUGCACAAACCGGACCAUGCAGACAGAGUGAAGGUGGACCAGCUCAUCGCGCAUACCUACGAGCAACACACAUGCAUGAAGACCUGGAUAGUCCCUAAAUGAGCGCCGCAAGCAUUUGAAAAACAAGGAAAAACUGCUGCUUCUUAGGAAUAUUUCAAGACGUUUCAGGAGGUAGUACAAGGACGUCUGACAGACUUGCCAAACCAGCCCUCCUCAAGAUGACCAGAGCAGCGCUCACUGCCAUCUGCCUUGCUGUCCUGCUUUUCUGCAGCUGUGGAGCCAAACCCAACGGAUCCAAGACCAAAAAGCCAAAACAAGUGAUCCCUGCCAUCGAGUGUGAUGUCCGCGCCGGGAAAAUCAACCUUCCGGAGUUCAUCGCUAAAUGUCCCGCCAGCUGUAAGGAGGCCAAACAGCAGGUGUACGGGACAGGAGUGUUCGCUUCCAUCUCCAGCAUCUGUAACGCUGCCAUCCACAGUGGAGUCAUAACCAACUCUGGAGGGAAGGUGAUCGUGAGGAAGAUGGCGGGACAGAAUAUCUACAAGGGAAGCCUCUCCAAUGGGGUCCGAUCUCUCUCCCUGCCCAAGUGGCGGGAAUCUUUCACGGUCUCAGUGGGGAAGCCUAAGAAAGGAGUGCUCUACCCCUCCACGCUGGACUACACCCCCUCACGACCCUCCACAGUGAAAACAGGUCAGAAGGAGGCCAAGCCCCCCCUGGUCACCACUGUCCUGCCUGCCACGGUGGCUCCAGAGCCCCCCACCACCACCACCACCGCACCCCCCGAGCCCCCCUCCACCACCACGCCUGCACCCACCACCACCCCCCCGCCCACCAGCACCACCACCAAGACACGCGCAGCCGUACACAAAGUCAGGGAUGCAGGGAGCAGUCAUCCAUACUUUGCCUCUGUGGCCGCAGCCUCCAGCCCAAUUUCCCUAAACCCUACUGUGUCAUUCUCAACAUUGGCUGUAGGGCAGAAUGGCCAGGGAAAGGGCCCAAGCCAAGCAUUCAGAGGCGGUUCCUAUCCGAAUAGGUUUUCUCCGCGCGUCAACACAGGUGUUCGCAGGCCAGAAUCAGGGUCUAUCAUCAGGAGGCUGCCCUCCUCUCCCUCUGGUUCAGCUUUCAACAGGGUUCAGCAGGCCUCACCUGAGAGGGGCCAGGGCCAGGGACAGGGACAGUCUAACCCCACUUUUGCUAGGAGAGACUGGCCUCCGACCUCCUUCGCUCGUCCCGACUGGUACCCAGGGCCGAGGCGGACGGCAGUAGCGGAUGCCACAGUGUUCUCCAGCUCACACCCUGACUCUAGUCCUGGUUCACCUGACUCGGGCUACGCCUGGGCCGAAGGAGACGCGUCUGAGCCAGCUCGUGACCCCAGGCCUGAUAUCUCAGAGUAUGACAGAUGGUUUUAUAAUUUUGGACAAUACAACCCAGAGAGCAGCCGCGGUAAAGUGGCUCCAGAGACGACCGUCACCAGAGUGGAGCCUGUAGACGCAUGGAAACCAGAAGUCGCUCCGUACGACACAGCAGGGUUCAGCGUCCGAGAGCAGGACUCCAUCCCCAGAACCCCAGAGCCGGCAUCUCAGGGAGACCCAAAUUGUAAAGUGGACAUCGCCUUCCUGAUGGACGGAAGCUGGAGCAUUGGGAAACGUCGCUUCAAGAUCCAGAAGGACUUCCUUGCCGAGGUGUCGCAGGUGUUGAAUGUGGGCAUAGCUGGACCCAUGAUGGGAAUCAUUCAGUUUGGGGACGAGCCGGUGACUGAGAUGAGUCUGAAGGCGUAUUCCAACUCCAGAGAUGUGAAGUCUGCCAUCGAGAAGAUCGUCCAGAAAGGGGGUCUCUCCAACGUGGGGAAGGCCCUUUCCUACGUCAACAAGCACUACUACAGCGAUGCUAACGGUAACCGUGGCGGAGCGCCCAACGUGGCCGUGGUUCUGGUGGAUGGUUGGCCCACUGACAAGGUGGAGGAGGCUUCCCGUCUGGCCAGAGAGUCUGGCAUCAACAUAUUCUUCGUCACCAUUGAGGGUCCAGAUGAGAACGAGAAGCAGAACGUGGUGGAGGCUAACUUUGUGGACAAGGCUGUGUGUCGGACCAACGGCUUCUACUCAUUGCCCGUGUCCAGCUGGUUCGCCCUGCGGAAGGCGGUGCAGCCCCUGGUGAAGCGCGUGUGUGACACCGACCGGCUGAUGUGCAGUAAGACCUGCCUCAAUGCCAACGACAUCGCCUUCGUCAUCGACGGCUCCAGCAGCGUGGGCACCGGAAACUUCCGCACGGUGCUGCAGUUCGUGGCUAACGUCACACGGGAGUUUGAGAUCUCAGACACGGACACGCGGGUGGGGGCCGUGCAGUACACCUACGAGCAGAGGCUGGAAUUCGCCUUCGGUCAGCACAACCACAAGGCCGACCUGCUGAACGCCAUCAAGCGCAUCAACUACUGGAGCGGAGGAACCAGCACCGGCGCUGCCAUCACCUACGCAGCUGACCAGCUCUUCAGCAAGUCCAAACCCAACAAGCGCAAGAUCAUGAUCGUCAUCACUGAUGGCCGCUCCUACGAUGACGUCAGAGUGCCAGCACUGGCUGUCCAUCGCCAAGGUGUCAUCGCGUACUCCAUCGGCAUCGCCUGGGCGGCCCAGGACGAGCUGGAGUACAUCGCCACCGACCCCGACAAGGAGCACUCCUUCUUCGUGGACGAGUUUGACAGCCUCUAUAAGUUUGUGCCAAAGAUCAUCCACAACAUCUGCCAGGAGUUCAACUCCCAGCCCCGGAACUGAGCAGAGCAUGGACUGACCUGAGGGGGGGGGGGGGGGGGGGGGGGGGAGGGAGGGAAGGCGAGGUUGUUUAGAGAGGCCUGCACUGUCACCUCAACUGUAUCAAACACAGGGCAGGAGGCUGUGUAGAUCCAGCUCAGAAAGCAGCAUGCUUGUUGACAUACACAUUUAUCCAAGCUAGGAUUAGAACAAUAUUCUCUUCUGAAGGGGUGGAUGUAACCACCAAUACAGCACAGUAGCAACGUUAGCUGAACUUGUGUUGCCAUAGCUUACUAUCUUCGUGUCCGAAUGGAUCCAGACAACCUGGAUCAGUUCUCUGAUGUUACAGGCUGUCAGCAGUGCUGAGCAUCUGAACAAGGACAUUACAGAAGAUAGUGGGCAUGAACAAUAAAUUCAUACGUAAAGACAACAUAUCAUUGGAAGUCAUUGUUCGACAGAGAUUAUAAAGUGUGGGCUCACAGUGAAGGGUGGAUGUUGUGGGUCACAUGACCACCUUGACCUUAAUUUCAGAAUAUGGUGCGACUCUCUGGCUCCUGUCUUAAGAGCAGUCAGUGUCAUGAGGAGGAAAGGGCGUUUGUCUUUUUAAUCAUGUAACAUGAACGACAGUCAACUACCCCAUUGGGACAUGGUGCUUGCAGAGAAACAUAGACAUGAAGCAUGCCUAGCAUUUCUUCUUCUGGUUUAACGUAGCAUAAUAAACUGAAUAUGGUGUUUUUUUAAGGGGGAGUUUUGAUGUACGACUUCAUACAGCUCUCUGUCCAGAGGUUGUGUUAUCUGGAUGGGCCCAGACCGCUUGUGGGCGUCCAGGGACGACUCAGAUUCAGCUCUCAUGUCAUCUUCCGGUCAGGGUGGACUUACAGUAUUCAAUCAGCUAUGCAUGAUAACAGGAAGCCAUGUGUGUAUAAGCCAUAAUCUAAUCAAUCAUUUUGGCACAAAUUUGAAGUUAUGAUUGGAGUUAUUAGGGAGCAUGUUAGUUGCAAUGUUUAGGUGGACGUCAUGGAAAAUCCUGAGUCUGCAACGAAGCCCGCAUGACACCAGUCACUCUCCGUUAAGAAGCCCGCAUGAUACCAGUCACUCCCCGUUAACCUACAGUGUGGUCACUUGUUCCCGUGGCAGAUAUUUGGUCUUGUUGAAAGAGUAUUUAUGAUAUUCUCCCUGUAAUGUUUGUUUUGUUUGUACAUAUGCAUAUUAAAAAAGCCUUUUUUGCUUGUAAUUUUUAAAUAAACCAUUUGAUCAAUAUUUUAAUGCAAUUUUUAAUAAAAUAAUUACGAAAAUU